AUUCAAUAUCCUAUGGGCAAGCCUGAUGGUCAAAAUGCUACAACUUUUCCUUAUCUUAAUGUACUUCAGGAGAUGCAACACGAAUCAAUAGUUCCUGAUUCAGAUUUACGUUUAAAAGUAAAUGCAAAAUUGUCAACUAAUAACCCGAAAAAUAAUACAUUUAUUGAAUAUUUAGCAGCAUAUAAAACUAAAUGUAAACAUAUAACACAAUAUAGAUCGCAAUGCAUUAGAAAAACCA